AUGGAAACGUGGAGAGAGACUUUCGUUGAACGUAUACGAAUUGAAAAUACGAUUAUACGAGAAUGCCUCGCUGAAUUCAUCGGUACAUUUUUCUUCGUGUUCAUUGGAACGUCAGCAAACGUGCAGUUUACGCUUAAUGAUGGGGACAAGACGAGUGCUCAAAUUGCAUGGGGAAUUGGAUUUGCUUUCGCUAUUUACCUAGCUACUACGGCUUCAGGAGGGCAUAUUAAUCCAGCGAUUUCACUAACAGCUUUGAUGUUCGGUGACAUAUCGUUGCUUCAAUUUCUCCUAUAUUUGCCCGUUCAGUUUAUUGGCGCUUUUAUUGGUGCAGCGUUCGCCUACCUCACUCAUCUCGAUAAUAUCGCAUCGUAUCUGCGCAGACAUAACGAUGAUGAAAUAACGAUAGCUGGUCUUUUUACUACUUUUCCGGCAGCACAAAUGUCUUAUUUUGGAAGCAUCAUUGAUCAGAUCGUUGGCACAAUAAUACUUUCGGGAAUGAUCUAUUUAAUUACGGAUAGACGGCAGAGAAUUUCCAAAUCAAUACAACCAAUUUUAAUCGGUGGUGUAAUGAGCAUGAUAGCGAUGACUUUUGGUGCCAAUUGUGGUUUCGCAAUUAAUCCAGCUCGAGAUUUUGGUCCAAGAGUUUUUCUAUUGAUCAUUGGUUAUGGAUGGCAACUUUUUUCAUAUCGUUACUAUUAUUUCUGGAUUCCAGUAGUUGCUCCACUAAUUGGAGCACCAAUUGGUGCAAUUCUGUACAAAAUCUUUGUUGGAAUUCACGGUCUCGAUGAACAACUCGAUAUAACUGGGGGACCUCCCUAUCCUCGAAAUGACGACAAAGAAUAUCGAGUUAGUCGGUAA